AUGAAGGAGAGAGGGGGUUUGCAACGACUUACCUAUCAGAGACACUCUGAUGGUGAUUCAAUAGUGAAGAAGGUAAGAAGACCAGAGACGAAGCUUGCGAAGCCCAGAUUGAAGAAGAAGAUUAAGAUGGAGGAAUGGAUAGUGAUAAUGGUUGAUUCAGUACAGGUUUGGGUUCUGUUAAGAAGUUCAGUUAGAGGGUUGUUAGAGGUUGUUAGAAACAGUUGGGGGAACUGGUAUCAUGAGAAGCGUUGGGUUAUCAACGACCAAGUGUGGACGAGUUUUCUAAUGGUGCUUCCGGGAACUUUCUUUUCACGUAAAGGGCAUAGCUCCCUUGUAAACCAUGAUUUUAUGGAUUUGUAUAUUCGAUGCAGGUUUUUGCAAAGUAUGUUGGCUUGGACAGUUUUGGGUGUUAGGUCAUCCAUAGGUAAUGAGGAACCUGAAGUUGGUGAGCCACUCAGGAAGUCUUGA